AUGGCGACCACCGACUUUCGCCGCCGUUAUCCAUCCCUUCUCAUCCUCUUACUUUCCUGUCAGGUAUCUUCCGAUUUCUUACUCCGUCCCCCUCCAAUUCCCCGUUCCAGUCAGCCUUUUCGUUCUCAUUUGAUCAGUGCAAUGUGACCCGUUCUUGUUGGUUUCAUCCUCCGGAAUGCGAGGUGAAUAACUUGGCAGCCUGCCAAUCGGGAGUCGAAUGGCAGAUGCUUCCAGAAGGACUCUUUCUACAGGUUCCUCACUCCAUCCUUCCACACUCCUUUCCCGUUUUCAGUUAGAAGCAAAAGUCCACGAUCUUGAUCAGACUCGUCCGUUCUAUGCAGCGCUGGGAUUCAGCUUCAACCAGAGAAUGGUCAGUCCGUUCCGUUCUUCUAUUUCUUCAGAAUCAAGAGUUUAGGACGAUGACACAGUGUUCGAAUGCGUUGUUCCGCACACGGGCGACGGAAAAGUGCAAAUAUCAUUCAAUGACGAAACGUUCAAUCAGGUUCUGCCGCAGGUUCGUUCUCUUGUUAUUUUGGUGCGUGGAGUCUUCCGCUCUUGAAGGCGUCUUCAGUGUUGCUGACCGAAGGGACCACUUCGUACGUGGACGGGCUGCUCACUUGCAGUGCCAAGCUGCUCCUCGACAACAGACCGUUGAUCGACAAUGCUUCGCAAUUCAUGGUUCACGACCUGGAGACUGCUUCUUAUCACUUGCUGUUUGCUCGUGGAAGUGCCAACAAAUACAGUAACAUUUAUCAGAAUUGAGUCGAUUCAAAUGUUGCUCCUUUUCACAGCCCUUGAAAAGGACAUUCACUCGACGAACGACGGUACCCAAUUCCCGUGGAUGUCCGACGAACAAGUAUCCUUCUGUCGUACCAACUGCUCCUCUCCAAAUCUUUACCAUAUUGGGCAAAUGAGACAAACGUACAAUGUUUCUCGAUACUGGAGAUACAGAAUUGCAGUCUGGCAUGGUAAUUCCGAAGUGCAGUCCUCCCUUCAAAGCUUCCAAUUUCCCCCUCAGGCAUCUUGCUCAUCUUCGCGUGGUGGGUGCUCGGUUCGACCGGAAUCCUCAUCAGUCGCUACUUCAAGCCGCUGUUUCCCAGGAAUAAGCUGCUUGGCACUGCCGUUUGGUUUCAGGUUUGAGCCACGAGGGAAUCUGAAUCAGAAGAUGACGUGUCCCUUUUCAGCUGCAUCGAGACAUGAUGAUUCUGUCCGUAAUCAUUCAGGUCGUGUGCGUUCUGUUAAUUUUUUAUCAAGCCGGCUGGGUUUGGUAUCAGUGCUCGUAUAUGUGCACUUCUGAUGUGAGAGCGCUGAUUAUGACUUUACUUAACUGUACUAUAUUUACAGGAUUUCUCGAAGAAAAUGCACGCAAUUACCGGAUUCACAGCCACAAUUUUGGCUCUCAUCCAGCCGAUCUUCGGUUUCCUCCGCCCGUCCCCCACUUCCAGCAUCCGUCCUUUCUUCAAUUGGGGUCAUUGGCUCCUCGGAAUGUUCUCCUGGUCUGUCGCUUGUGAGUUCUCAUUUGCUCUUCUCUGAUCGUUGACUCUCCGCCCUUUCUUUUAGCUGCUACCAUUGUGCUUGCCCUUCCGAUGGGUAAGACCGGCCUCAACAGGCUAUACGGCCAUGUCCCCAACUGGAUUGUUCUCGGCUACAUUCUCUUUUUCAUCGGUUGCAACUUGGUAUUAGAGAUUAUAACGAUUGCAAGCAACAAAUCCAAAAUUGGUUUGUUCUCUUUCUCGGAAAAGUACAAAUCGGCCUGAAAGUUGUAUUAUAGAAGGAGUUCAACCGCAUCGAUUCACAGUCGGUCCGAUGGGAAUGGCGCUUGCCAAUUUGAACACUCCGAUAAAGGAUGCUCCGAUCGAAGUGCCAAAGGUUUGCCCAUGGCCCCGGAGACUUCUACGAACUUAUUUUCAGCGUACAAAAGCGAGAGUGACCGUUGUGGUCUUGCAUAUUUUGGUCAGCAUUUCCGUCAACAUCGCCUUCGCAGUGAUGCUCUUCCGGGCGCUCUGGACGCAUUCUCCAUAG